AUGCUGAUUCGGUGGAAGAGCAAAGAUAAAAGCUCGUCAUCAACGUCGUCAUCGUCGAGCACAUCGAAAAAGAAACGAAAAGGAAGAGAUAGCGGUGAGGAUGACUGGCAAAAUGAUAAAAGCAACAGGAACCAGCCGACCGAUCAAGCGAUCGAUGACAGGCGACGAUCGGCCCGCAGCAGGGAGGAUCCCCGGCGACAUACGCUCGGGGGCGAUAUGCUACAGUACCAGGCCCAAACGCAACCGCCAAACAUUCAGCGAUCGCUUGAUUUUGAGGUAAGCGGCGAAGACCUUUCAAAGGGUCUUGAAGGUAAAGCGCACACCCCACAGAUGCGCGUGUACACACCGACGAAUCAAGGUCCACUCUUUGACGAUGAUCCGGGCAUCAUGUCCGAGGCCGAAACGGCGAGCACCGGCUUUCGGCGGGGUGGCAAACAACGGUCCUCGUUGCCGGUCGUAAGAACACCGUCGAAAACGCUGGAAAGGCCGCUCGGGUUGGUAUUUUUGCAAUAUCGCUCGGAAACGAAACGUGCACUGCUGCCGAACGAAAUCACGUCCAUCGAUACGGUGCGGGCACUGUUUGUGCGAUCCUUCCCGCGGCAGCUAACCAUGCAGUACCUCGAGGGGCCGAACGUGAAGAUAUACAUACACGAUUCGAGCAAGGACAUGUUCUACGAGCUGGAGGAUGUUAGAUCGCACCUGCGAGAAAUUCGUGAUCGCUCCGUGCUGCGGCUGUUCGAGUCGAACGAAGUGAGCGCACCUCAGGUCCUGCCCGGUGGACAAAAUAUCCCACAGCCUCUGCAACCGGCAGCAAUUCCAAACCAGUGGGAUCAAGAGCAGAGCUAUUUCAGUGAACCAGAGUUCGAUUCGGAGUAUCAACAUCAGCACAUUCACAAAAGCAAGGUAGGCAAGCAACCUACAAAAACCCCAUAUUAUGUCGGUACAACCCAAACGUUACCUAGAGGAAUGUACUCGGAUCGAAACAAGGGAGCAAUAGGAGUAGCAUCGAAACCGAUUCGUUCGUACGGCUCACGGGGCAACAUUGCGGGUCCGAUGCCAUACACAACGGAGCAGCUGUACAACAUACCAGAUGGAUACAUGAGUUCCCCGGAGCGUAGUGGAGCAUCUCGUGGAGCGUACGAAGAGCCUUACUACAGCCAAUACGGUACACGUUCCACGACCGCUACACCGAUUAUCGAUGAAGAACAAGGGGAUAUAUCGAUUGCGGAUGAUCAGUACGCCAUGUAUGGGGUGAAAAAUGUUGGACGAAUUCCGCGAGUGCCACCAAACCAGAUGUACGAUCAUACGAGAUCAGAAGAUCUUCAUAGAAUACGUGUCGAGCACAUGGAGCGGCAAUUGGCCAACCUUACCGGACUGGUCCAGAAAGCACUCACGCAAAAUCCUCAGCUACCGCUAGUUAACAACAACCCAAAUAUUCUAAACAUCCCUGGACAAUAUCGCAAUGCUACUGGAGAUGGUACAGUUUGCACGCGCGAAAAACCACCAAAAUUGGGAAAAUCAACAUGUCACAAAUCGGUUUCGUUUGAAAAGUCUGUUUCCUUCAGUGACGACAUUCAAGGUGUGCCGAAAUCUCACAGCCCACAGCAUUCCGCGGACACAAAACCUCCUAAGCCGGCGAUUAAAUCUUCAACCUUACCAAGAACCUCAUCACAGGAACGCGAUCGACUAAAACCACCACCACCUCCAAAGCCUCUGGUAAUGAUAGCGGGAAACCAGUACCGUACAGAUCUAACACUCGCACCGGAAGUGUAUAAUCAACUGCGUGGCUUACAAAAGAAAGCUAUGGAUCUGCGAACGGAGGUCCGCACACUGCGUCGGUUAACGCAAACACAGGCUGUCGCUGUACGAGAGGACAUUAAGGACACGUUCAUGAGAAUACGUGCAACCUUGCUGUCUAAUUCAGGCUUCGUUUGGGGCCAAGGCGAUAAGGAAAGGACAACUCUUACUAGAGAAGAAGAAAUCUAUAAACAAGAAGUGAUCCGAUUGGAAAAAGAUUUGGCCGACCUGGAAUCAUCGGUUGAAGGUCUAAGAGGUGAAGUAAUCAACAGACGAACCCGCGUCAAUAUGGUUGCCGUCGAAGAUAUGGCGCUAGUACUCAGUCGUGCAAGUAAAACUGUAGCUGAGCUGAAAAUGCGUUUCCCAGUUUUGCAGCAAGGGUUAAGAAACCUCAUUUCCAACGAAAUGGAACACGUUUGCCGGGAGGAAGCAUUCCUCAAGGAUGAACCCGAUCGGCUAGAAAAUGCUCUGAGGCGAUGUAAAAAAUUAACCGGCACGCUUGUAACACUUAAAAGACUUGCGAGCGUACAGGAGCAACGAUUACCCAUACCCGACACGACGGGCACGGACGAAACGAUCAAACCGCCGGAAACACACAACAACGUGAACAAGCCAAUCCCAAGUCCCCGUCUGGGGACAGUCGUUACCAGUGGAGGAAUCGCCCCAGAAAACGCACUCGAUGCUUUGCUAGAUGAGCUGCAAACCUUUGCCAAACCGCCGAACGGUGUCAACGAGGUAAAACAACAGAGCUGUGUGUGUGUCCUGUUCACACACGCUCAACAUUUCUCACUGUUUGGUCAUCGACCGGACGACUCCACAUCAGACGAUAGUUCUCAAACGUUGCAAAACAGCAUCACGACUAAAAUCUCCCAGUCGCAACUAUACCCCUCCGAGCCCGUAUCCUCCAACGUCGGUCUCCGGCGGCUUCAUUCGUAUCCGAGCGGUUCGGAUACGGACACGAGUCCGCCGCAACCGACCCGUCCGACUACCGGCAAACCGCCCGUUCCGGAACGCAACGCCGAGCUGCUGUCGAAGGUCAACAACAAGCGAGUACCCCCGCCGCCCCCACCACGUACCAGUUCGCGCAGCCCGCUGGCCAGCCCAACUAGUCCGCACGUACCACAGCAUCACCGUGGCCAGCAGCCGGUGGUGACGCUGUCCGACUGCGAGCAGCAACAGCGCACAUCCGAGGGUACCGAUUCCGGCAGUGAAUCCGUCUGUUCGGACAAUUCGCAGCGUCAACUGGCGCUAGAGCUGCGCCACCAGGAGCUGCUGAAGAAGCAGCGGCAGCUGCAGGAACAGUACCAGCGGUUGCAGCAGAUGAGCAAAAAUGCCGUACCGAUGGCGCCGACAACGAUGAACCACGAUAUCAAGAAGACCGGUAGCGAGUCCAACCUGCCGGUGAAGAUGGGUUACAACAUGACCGUCAGUGGGUCCAUGAAAAAUCUCUGUGGCGGAGGUGACGCUACAAUGCCUUUCGAUACUACGGCGCCGACGGUAAACAAUGUCGAGCAUCAGGAUGGCAGCGACAGCUCCACCGGUGGUCCAAAUUCGAUGGACGGUGUGAUCGGUGCGAAUGGAAAUACUGGUUCCUUGCCGCCGCACCUUACCAAAACAACCAACAAAGUCUAUGAAACCGACAUACUGUAAACAAAUUUUUCGUAUCACGCUUCACCUACCCUUGCAACAUACAGGACGCGUGGUAACACGGUAGUUUUAGCACACGUCCGGCAGAGUUUCGGUUUGCAUAUGACGUUACAUGACGUGACAAAUUUAGAAAAAAGUGCUUCACUGUUCCAAGUUGCUACAUUUCCCAACUGUGCACUGCAAAUCGAAUGCAAAAAGAUAACAUUUUUUCUGUAGUUUUUUUUUAAUUCAAAUAUUUAAUUUUGUAGCUGAUCUCAUUGCGUCGCAAAGCGUACUAGCGCAUGAAAAAGAUAGCAUAGAAAGUUUACUUAUUAGUACAUUAGUCAAUCCACAACACCUAUGGUUUAUAGCAGUACCUGGUACAGUAUAGGGACAUAAAGCCGAGUACAGUUUUUAUU